UCUCCCCCCUUUUCCCUACAAAAGCAAAAAUCACUAGGGCACUUCUUUUGUGCAGAGCAGUUUUAUAGCCGAGGGCUGGCUGAGCAGCUGUUUUUGUCCAGCUCCACACCCAGCCUUAGACGGCAACUUUAUUUUUUCCUUUCUUCAGUCCGUCCCUCUUUCCGUUUCGCUGUCCUCGCCCUAGUGCUUCUGUUUUCCUUCCUCUGUUCCUCUGUUCCUCUGUACUAUUUUCUUCCCCUCUAUUUCCCCGUCUUUCUUCACAAAUGACCAUUCAGCACCUGUUUGUCCCGCGGAAUCGGCUGGUGUCGUUCAACGUGCGAGUGCGUAUCGACGAUGUCAACAACGUCCCGCCGCUCAACGGCAUGUUCUACGUCAAAUGGCGAUGCCAGGACCACACGGGGUCUACGUCCAGAAUACCAGUCACUAAUCGGGAAGUACGGUGGUCGCAUACCAUCGAGCGGCAGAUGUACGUGCCGAUGACCAAGGAGCUGGUGCUGUCGCCGUGCGAGAUAAAGCUGGCAGUCAAACAGCCCAGAUGUUCCAGCUUGCGCGUGAUAAUGCUAAUCGCACCACUACGUAGGAAGUGUACCCUCAUAUGCGCAACAAAAUCGGCACGCUGUCGGUGAACCUGGCCGAGUACGCGCGGAUGCCGGUGUCAUCCAGACGGUAUUUCCUGCAAGAAUCGAAGCUCAACUGCACCCUGAAGCUGACGAUAUU